GCAGAUGAUAUGGCAGCUUUGAGAGCGACCAGGUGGAACUUGCUUUGUUAAUGCGGCUAAACCUUUAAAAUAUGAGAACACUUUGACUCACAGACGGCGUCUGGGCAGCUGCACGAAAUGAUUUACUUAAUUCUGAUUUCCGCGUUGUCCGGAGCAGUCGUUACGUUGAUAUUACAGUUCUUGCUGUUAUACCGGAGGAGCCCCGAACCCAUAGGCAGGGCAGUGCGGUAUGUCAAAGUAGUGCCAGAUAACGCGUUGAAGGAUUACUUUAAUACCCAAUAUGCCGAACCAGGACAGCAGCAGCAGCAGGACAGCACGACAUCUGCUGCACCUAAACAGCAAGAGGCCGCCUCGUCAAGGCAGCAGGAAGCGGCUGUCACCAGCGGCAGCCCCAAACAACAGCCGCCGCCGCCGCCGCCUCCACAAAGCGAGCCCAUGGAUGCUACCAAACCAGAAACCUGCAAUUUCCUAAACGCUAUUUUUUUGUUCCUGUUCAGAGAGCUCCGCGACACUCCCGUCGUUAGACACUGGCUUACCAAAAAGAUCAAGGUGGAGUUUGAGGAGCUGCUACAGACCAAGACAGCAGGUCGGCUCCUGGAGGGACUCAGUCUCAGGGAUAUUUCCCUGGGAAAUUCUCUGCCUGUCUUUAAAGCGGCCAAACUCAUGAAGCCGGUGCGUUUGAACGAGGACGACAUGCCGGAGGAGCUCAACUUCGAGGUGGACAUCGAAUACAAUGGCGGCUUUCACCUCGCCAUCGACGUCGAGUUGGUGUUUGGGAAGUCUGCCUACCUGUUCGUUAAGAUGAAGCGCGUGGUGGGUAGGCUGAGGCUGCAGUUCACGCGCAUGCCCUUCUCCCACUGGUCCUUCUCCUUCCUGGAGGACCCCCUGGUGGAUUUUGAGGUGAAGUCGCAGUUUGAAGGGAGACCGCUGCCCCAGCUCACCUCCAUCAUAGUCAACCAGCUGAAGCGGGUGAUCAAAAAGAAGCACACCUUACCUAACUACAAAAUCAGAUACAAGCCCUUCUUCCCAUUCCAAGUGCAGCCUCCUCUGGGUUCGGCUUGUGACUUGGACCUGUCAGUCCAGGACAGCAGGCUGGUGGAAGGCCGACUCAAAGUCACGCUCAUUGAAUGUAGCAGACUGUUCAUCCUGGGCUCCUAUGACAGAGAAACCUAUGUUCACUGCACCCUGGAGCUGAGCAGCCAGCAGUGGAAGGAGAAGACUCGCAGCUCCAUCAAACGGACGGAGGUUAUCAAGGGGCCAUGUGGCAGUGUGGGGAUGACCUUCAGGCAUGUUCCUGCCACCGAGGGGGAUGCAGUCCACGUCAGCAUUGAGACAGUGACGCCCAACUCCCCUGCAGCCUUGGCAGAUCUGCAGAGGGGUGAUCGCCUCAUUGCCAUUGGAGGUGUCAAAGUGACAUCCUCAGUUCAAGUGCCCAAACUGUUGAAGCAGGCUGGAGACAGGGUGGUGGUACUUUAUGAGAGACCAGUUCGUCACCAGACUUCCUCUCUGGGAAGCUUGGGAACUCUUCAGGAAGGGUUCGGGCAGCUAGAGGAAACAGGUUUUCUUCCCCAGCCAGGAGGUUAUGAGGAAGACCCCGCCCCCAUCACUACCCUUUCUGACAUAUCCGACAGCAAAGACAUGGACUCUGAGUUUGAAGAGUUGAUUGUGGACUCCAAAACUAGCCAGACUAGUGGCCCUAACAACAGUACAACAAAUACCAGUGAAACUAAGGAGGAUUUCUUACUUACAGUAAACCAAAGCCCCAAAAGGACUGUGGCUAACUUGGCCUCCAAGCCCCUCGGCACCAUAUCACCCAUUCUCAAUCGCAAGUUAAACCUGGUGGGUCUCCAGUCCCCACUAAAGCCUCAGCCCAAAGAAUCACCAAAGCCCUCGCCACAUAAGACCAGUAGUGAUCCAGGAGAGGGUCUGCAGCGCCCCACUGUUCCUCCCCCGCUGCCCCCCUCUCGCCCUCCAGUGCCACCAAGGCCUCAGAUAAGGUUGACAUCUGCUCCCUCAGAGACCAGUCUUUCAGAAGGUGUUGAUUCUGUUGCAACUACUAAUGCUCCCGUUGCUCCUGUCACUACUGCCACUGUCAGUGCUUCUGAAAAAUCUCCAGAAAAAGUUCCUCUCACUGGAGCCAAUGAAGACAAGGCUGGCCCUGAGAAGACGUGUGUCAAACAGGCUGAGGUAAAACAGCCCGCCAGGCCAGCAGAGUCCAGUGAUGAGCCGCCACUCCCUUCCACUGUGACCAGCAGUAGCAAGGCAGAUCAAGCAAAGGACAAAGUUUCAGAGAGCUCAUGCAGCACACGGGAUAGUCUAGAGGACCACUCCAUAUGGGAAUCCCCAGAAACCAUGUUUCGUAACCAGACAGCAAGCUGGCCCAAAGCCUCUGUGGUGUUUGACGUAGAGGGCAACUACAAGUACCUUAAUGUGGCCCUGUGGUGCAAAGAUCCCUUUAAGCUGGGUAGUUUGUUGUGCCUGGGUCAUGUCAGCCUCCAGCUGGAGCAUGUCGCCCUGGAAUGUAUGGCCACAUCUUCAGCCGAGUACCAGAGCACCUUUAGGCUGGGUCCUCCAGAGCCCAGAGCUAACGUCAGCCGCACUGCACUUCGCAGCCUCAGCACCCACAAGGGCUUUAAUGAGAAGCUAUGUUACGGAGAUGUUACUCUGAACUUCUGCUACUUAGCUGAGGGUGAUUUUGAAUAUCCAGGGGGCCUGGCAGAAAGGGAGCGAGAGGGGAGUCUCCAUGAUGAGGAUCUAAGGGAGAGGGAGCAUAUCCCUUCAGCACCACGUGAUGACUUAGCCUACAGCACCAUGCAGUUGGUGGAGGUUCGUCACAACUUCCAGGACACCCAGUUCCAGAACCCUACCUGGUGUGAAUACUGCAAGAAGAAGGUUUGGACCAAGGCAGCCUCCCAGUGUAUGCUUUGCGCCUAUGUGUGCCACAAGAAGUGCCAGGACAAAUGCCUCUCUGAAAAUCCCUUCUGUGUGGCAGCGUCCGAACGUCGUGGAGCUGACCCUGAAGCCAAAUCCACCAUAAACCGCGCCACCACUGGCCUAACACGCCAUAUCAUCAACACCAGCUCCCGUCUGCUCAAUCUCCGCCAGGUGCCUAAGACUCGGCUUGUUGAGCAUGUGACCGAUGUGGGGCCCGGAGCGGUGGAGCCCUCACCCAAGCAUACACCCAACACUUCAGACAACGAGAGCAGCGAUACUGAGACCUAUACCAGUGGCGCCAGCCCCUCAAAACAGCCCACCAGCAGUGGGGGUGGCAGCAGUAAACUUGUACGCAAGGAAGGUGGCUUGGAUGACAGCGUGUUCAUUGCUGUGAAGGAGAUAGGUCGUGACCUGUACCGGGGCCUGCCAACAGACGAGCGCUCACAGAAGCUGGAGCUGAUGCUGGAUAAGCUGCAGCAGGAAAUUGACCAGGAGCUGGAGCACAAUAACGCCCUUCUUUUGGAGGAGAGGGAGGCCACAGAUGCCCGACGCAAGGCACUAAUUAGUACUGCCCUGGCUAAGUCCGGGGAGAGACUGCAGGCCCUCACCUUGCUAAUGAUCCACUACCGGGCAGGCAUCGAGGACCUGGAGUCAGUGGAGAGCACCUCUCCCUCAGAGCAGCAAGGCUUUAAAGGAAAAGGAGAAAGCCUGGAGGAGGAGGCCCUGAUGGGGACAGAGGUCUAUGACAGUGACAUCUGCAGCCCCGUGGAGGUGCAACUGCUCAGUGACAUUACCGAGGAGCAGAUCUGUGUGGAGGCACUCCACUAAACAUGACUAGAAAAAAAACAUAAGAAGAGGAACGUGCUUUGUGCUCAUGUCUCCCUACAGAAUUUUGUCUUAUUCUUUUGAGAGGAAUUCCAGCAGACCAUUUUCAAUACUGGGGAUGUUGAGGUCCAGUGGCCGAUUCACUAAUUUUUACGUGAAAAGAAAGAAAGGUUAACGGAAUUUCCUCACUAAAAUCCAUGUUAAACCUGUCAUAGAUGUUUUGAUUUACAGUGUGAUGCCGUUUCCAUGCUUUUCCGUGCGUGUCUGGGUUUUUAAAGGGAAGCUUGAAAGCUACACUAUUACCUGCCCUCAGUAUUGCUGCACGUUUAUUCUCCAGUUUCGUUUUGUUUUGGGUUUUUUUUUUCUGCAGCUUCUAAAGGUCAUUGUAAGCAUUUAGUUUGCUUUGUUGUCUGUAACUGCUUUGACAUAAGGACUUCACCACAUCCCUGUGGUUUACUAGUUUCAAUCAUCUCAAUUUUGGAGAAGGAAAAUUAGUUUGUUGUGAAUAACAAAGUCCAUGUGAAGGUGACACAUUUGAGCCUGCAACAGUUUGAAAACCAUUAAGGAGAAGCUGGUUCAAACAUCCAUCUCAGUGGAACAUCGUGUUUGUUCGAAGAUCAUGUGAACAGUCAUACAUACGUCAUACAUAUCUUUUGUUUUGAGCACUUUUUAAUUGUAAUAUAUUUGGAUUUUAGAAGUGACUUUCCCUGCUUACAAAGCUCUUUGAGAGUUCUGCUGCUGCGUAAUUAUUAGUGGGACCUCAUAUAUAAUUUGCCUCUUUCUUUUGGUGUAUUUGUUUGUAUUAACAUGUCUCAUUAUAUGUUUUUGUUUUGUCUUUCCAAGUUAUGUUCAGAACACCCCUCCUAUAUCUAAAACUCAACUAAGGCACAUAAUUUACUUUUUUUUUAUUGAUUCCUGAAUGACUGAUACCCUGGAGCUCUCAUGAUGUUAUGUCAUUUAUCUAACUGGUUGUGUGUGUGUGUGUGUGUGUGUGUGUAUUUGUAGAUCUAUCUUUGUGACGACCAAUUUGAGCAUAAGACCUUACGGUGUGAAGACAUUUUGGGAAGUGAGGACAUUUUGGUUGGUCCUCACCACUUUAAAUGGGUGUUUGAGGGUUAAGACUUGGUUUUAGGGUUCAGGUUGGAUGUAGGUUAGGGUUAAGCAUUUAAUUUGGAUAAGAGGGGCUUAGGGAAGGAGUGUCCUCACAAAGAUAUUAGUACAUGGAUGUAUGUGUAUGUCUUUGUCUUUGUCCUCGGCUUACUUUCUGGGGACAAAAUUCAGACUAAAGACAGCUGAGGACAGGUUGUCCAGUAGGGGAAAAACCUGAAUUUUGGGACAGUGGUUAAUGUUAGGGUAUGUGUCCGGGAAAUUAAUGCAAGUCUAUGUAGUGCCCCCAGAAGCAACUUUGGUGAAUGUGUGUGUGUGUGUGUGUGUGUGUGUGUGUGUGUGUGUGUGUGGAUUUAUGAUAUGAUUUAGUGCAGCUCAUUUGCCUUCAUCAGUUGUUUCCAUGCCUAAACGAAUGUAUGUUCAGCUCCUUCAGUGUUUGCUGUAUAGACAGCUGUUUGGCAGAACAUGUAGCCUGUUACAGCUACUCUCCCCAGAUGCCAUUCUGCUCAUCUGUGUUUUCCAUCCAUAGAGAGCCUCUGGAAAAUGAUUGCUUGUGAAGAUAGAAACAACUUACUCCACUAUCGAAAGGAAAAAUCUAUCCCUAAACACUCAGCAGUCGUUAAAUCUAUUUUGAUGGUGAUGUCCUUCUGUUUCUUUGUUCUGAUGGUCCCUUUAGCAGUCAGUGCUACGUCACAUAUUUCCAGCACUGAUACAAUUGAUUCUGGAUAUUUCUUUCUAAAAAUAUGAACAGUGGUCAGCAGGUUUUGGUAUCCGUCCAUCAGAAUCUAGAUGUUCAACAAGCGUAGAGGGAGAAGUCCUGCGUUAAAAAAAAAUUAGAUGAUGAAACAGGAUCCAGGAAAUCGAGUUGGGAGUAACAGAUUGAUGAGUUUAGAGGCUUAUCAGAGGCUCAGACGCGACAUGGGGCUAAAUAUUACAAGGAAGGAUAUUAAAAAUCUGUCCAUUUAUCAUGACGGCAAUCAUUUUAUCUUUUCCUGACGAUCACAAGGUAAGCAGUAGAAAUAUGCUGCUCACGUUACCAAGGACUGUACCAAGAAUGCCUUGCUGGAUGCUGCUGUUUCGUAUUGCAGUAAAAGUUGUAUUUUUUGUGUUUUGUUAGUUUUUUUUUUUUGUUAGUUUUUUUUUUCCAGAGACUGUGUGUUGCCACCCCCUGCUGACUCUCUGGAGUGGCCUAAUGUGCUAUCUGAACAUGGCCUGAUACCUUCGUGUACCAUCUCUUUGACUCGUUGAAUAGCAUUUUAGGAAAAAGUCAGGGUUAAGGCCUCAGAGAAGUUCAUGUCAGAACAUCUGAGCAGCAUCCAAAGCUUCCUGUUUGACUGUGGAAUCUGGGCCCUGUGUCCAUCAGCAACACCAUUGCUUUCCAUCCCUUUUUGGGUUGACAACAAGUCCAACACCAUUGAUGCUUUCAAGGACUAAAAAAAGUUCUUAAAGUUCAUGGGGAGAAAUAGGUCAAGAAGGCCGCAGGAUUUUUGUCCAGCCUUUGGAUUUUAGCCAUUCAGUGUUCCAGGAACACCUCAUUAGACAUGUUAGGUUUAACAUCAAACUAACUAGUUAAAACUCACAAAGGCCUUUAGGGCAGGUGUUUUCAACCUUCCUAGCACCGCAGACCUUUUUCUUUUUUUUUCAGCUACAUUGCUGUGCACCAGUCUACCCUAACCCCCUCAUGACUGACUUCUUGAGACAACUUUAGAGUUUCUUGGGUAAAGUACAAUGACUAGCUAAGGGACAAUGCAAAAAAUACAACAUCUCCCAAAACGCACUGUGCAUCAGUUGAGUGUGAAUUUGCAGUGGGUAGAUUUUUCCUUUAAUGUAGUGAAACUCCAACAGGACUCAUCCAAGCUAAUGGGAUAAGAGAAGUAAUCAUCCUGACGUGAGCCCUGAUCAUACUUCAGGACGGAUGUGGACAGCUAUGGAGUUGUGCUUGCUUCUAUACAUGCUUAAGUCAGGGGUAUGCAUACGUGAACACCUAGAAAACAUGAUAGCGACCUCUUGACAACAGGAAGAGGAGCUCCUUAGUUUUUGUUUUGUUUGGCUGAACAACAUGAAAAAGUUAAAAAAAAACUGACAGCUGAACAAGAACAGGGCCACAGAUGUGGAAUUCGAGGACAAACAUCAUGACAAACAUUUAAAUUUUCUUGUGCAUGCGCAGUCGGUGUGCUCGCUGUGCUAACAGUCUGUGCUGUCACCAUCCAUCCACAUCAUGUACCCUCGCAAACUUGGGCAGAUGACAAACGUUCCGUCCCUCUUGGACACGCAGAUCCGGAAAGCGUGAAUUGGCACAUUUCCUGUUCUUUUCAGUGUAAUAGAUCCGUUGCUCGUGUAGAUAUCGGCUUACUGGCUGCUGUACUCGUCAGUCUCUCUCAGUCACUGUAUAUUCAGAUUUUUGUGCAAUAUUUUUGUAGGAAAUGAAACUGAUAAUCAGCAAUGAAUCCCAACGUCUGUGACUUAUCUUCUUUUUCUCUCCAAAACUGUGUAGUUUGUGUGCCCAUCUGUCUUUAACCUGAGGAAUUUGAGAGUCCAAUGACAACCUGAGAGGAGGGGCUCACUGUAAACCCCUUCUUUGGCCUGUGAGGCACUGCUUUUAUGCUGCUGCUGCUGUUGUUACAAUGUGCUCUUCCACAAAACUCAUACUCACACGCUUCUGCCACCUCUCCCCGAGCCCUCACCUUUGAAACUGCACCACCAUCACCACAGCUUUCAGCAGGUCAAGAUGGCAAUUGUUUCUUUUUGUGUAUGUGAAGGAUGUCGUACAAUUUUCAAGAAGGCUCAUGUGAUGAAGCUUUAUUGUACAUAACGUUAAUAAACGAGCUUAAAUGAU